CCGAGCACCAGCUCCUCUCCUCCGGACCUCCACCAGGAUUUAUCUUCAUUCUCAGCGAACUUCACCAAAAGCCGACCCGCUCCUCUCAUGCUGUCCCCGGGAGACCACCCCGGCAUUCACUCGACUUCGCGGAUACUUUCGGCGACUGUGUUGCGGUCUUGAGAAUCAUGGAAACGUGGUUCUUGAAUCACGUCCUCGGGCUGUCUCUGCUGCUGCUGGGUCUGCCGCGGCCCCUCGGGGCAGGGACCCCCGCCAGCAACAGCUCAGAUCCCGGAUCGUAUCACUCAACCUCGGCGGAUGAACUGAGCAGCGUGUUAAACAACGCGACUUCAAGUGCAUACUCCAGCGAGAGUUUAUCCCCAUCACAGAGGAACCUGCUCACACACACCGCGGCUGCUGCUGCUGCUGCGGGAGGAAACUUCGACACGGAGGAGACACAAACCUUCACAGAAACGAGCAGCAGUUCACUAGAGAUCAAUCUUUCUACUCAGCCGCUCUCCUCCACCCUUGUUGUGGCCACGACUGAGGCCAGCAGCAGUGGUAGCAGCAUCAGCAGCAGCAUCAGCAGCAUCCGCAGCAGGAGCAUCAGCGGAAGGAGCAGCAGCAGCACUAGCAGUGGAAGCAGCACUAGCAGUGGGAGCAGCAGCAGCAUUAGCAUCAGCGGCAGCAGCAGCAUCACCUGCAGGAGCAGCAGCAGUACUAGCAGUGGAAGCAGCACUAGCAGUGGAAGCAGCACUAGCAGUGGAAGCAGCACUAGCAGUGGCAGCAGCGGCAGCAGCAGGAGCAGCAGCAGCAGCAGCAGCGGCAGCAGCAGCAUCAGCGGCAGGAGCAGCAGCAGCACUAGCAGUGGAAGCAGCACUAGCAGUGGCAGCAGCAGCAGCGACAGGAGCAGCAGCAGCAUCAGCGGAAGGAGCGGCAGUGGCACUAGCAGUGGCAGAAGCGGCAGGAGCAGCAGCAGCAGCAGCGGCAGCAGCAGCAGCGGCAGCAGCAGGAGCAGCAGCAGCACUAGCAGUGGAAGCAGCACUAGCAGUGGAAGCAGCACUAGCAGUGGCAGCAGCAACAGCGACAGGAGCAGCAGCAGCAUCAGCGGAAGGAGCGGCAGUGGCACUAGCAGUGGCAGCAGCAGCAGUAGCGGCAUCAGUAGCAGCAGCAUUGGUAGCAGUAGCAGAAGCAGCACUAGCAGUGGCAGCAGCAUCAGUAGCAGCAGCAUCAGUAGCAGCAGCAGUAGUAGCAGUAGCAGCGGCAGCAGCAGGAGCAGCAGUGGCAGGAAGGACUUAGGUAUCACAGACCUGUUGCCCGGCGUCUCCCACCCUGUGUCCUGGAAGGCCAGAUCCUGGACGUUGACAGAGGACGCCAGCCUGCCCCAGGACCACUCAGACACCACUCUGCGGCUGCGAGACACCACAGCCCUGGCGUCACAGACAGCCAUCCACACCGGCCGCACCUACACUUCCUCAGCAAUCAGCCGAGCCGGGGAGAGGACCCUGCUGUCCGUCACCUCCUCCUCUAACAACAGCACCUCCUCUGCAUUCACAGAGGAUUCCAACUCCAAUAAGCCCCCCUCUACCUGGGGUGUCCCGGCUCGGGCCACGGAGACUGAGGACUACACCCACAGUGCCCCAUCCACUCGGACUGACAGCAGGGACUCAACAGACGAACACAUGACCCAGUCCUUCAAGGGGACGUUUUCAGAGACUGGGAGCCCAGAGGGGUCCAGAGGAACCCAGAGCUUGACUCAGCCACCAAACGCCACCUGGCAUCAACACACCUCAGAGUCUGAGGAGACCUCCGACUCGACGCCGCCUCUCAGAGUGACAGAGCUCAGCACUGACCAAUCAGACGUAACAGUUUCCUCCACGCCUCCUGUCACCUCAGCCGCAGGAGGUCCGACCAACACCUCAGGGACAGAGAUGGAGACGGUAUCUGAUGUGGGAAGCUCCACCGAGGCCUCGCAGAGCUUCAGCACUCAGAACCAGGAGGGCACAGAGGGGCUGUCAUCCCAGACCAGAGAGGAGAGCAUGGGCCCGGGUCUGACAACAGCGCCCCCUACAGUCAGAAGCAGUACACAUGAUAUGGAUGACCAUCUGACAGACACUCCAGUGCUGGUUACUGAACUCUCUCUCAACACGUCACCUGUUACUGUCACAGAAAGAUCACAGAUAACAGAAGAAGAGACUUUUAAAGCCUUCGCCUCCUCCACCACAUCCAGCACUAGCCCUCCUCUACCAGCAACCUCAUCCUCUCAUUUCAGCAGCACCAGCAGGAGCACGACGUCAGAGUUACUCACCAAGGCCACCGUCCCUUACACCACACCCCCCACCACAGCCUCCACCCCAGCCCUGCAGCCCACAGCAGGGCACACAACUCGCCAUGCGUCACCGAGCCAAACCCAGGGUCCCUCAACAGAGAGUGCCAACCCCACAAAAGGCACCACCCUGCAGAUAGAAACGGGCACUCUGGGAGGUAAAACCUCUCACGACCAGUAUGUCACCACGCCCAACACCCACAGCACCCCGACCAGGAGCACAGAGGUCCUGCACACCACCGGGAGACAGAGUGAUAGGGGGACCACAGAGAUGGUGGUGACUACGUCACCCGCUGACAUCCAACCCACCAAGGCACUGACGCCACCACCACCAAGAAACCCCUGUGGUUCCAAUCCUUGUUUGAACGGAGGGAUGUGUGUGAGCUACAAAAGGCAUCAGUUCACCUGUCACUGUCAGCAGGCGUGGACAGGACCGACGUGCAACCAGGAUAUGGAUGAAUGUGAGAGGGACCCCUGCCCGGUUGGCUCCAGGUGCGUGAACACACGAGGCUCCUUCAGCUGCGAAUGUGCACUCGGCUUUGACCUCGAGGAUGGGCGCACAUGCACCAGAGCAAAGACAUUUCUGGGAACGUUCAGCUUCAACAGGCUGCCACAAGACCCUGUGAUCUUCAAGAGCUCCACCAUGCAUGAGAUCCAGAGGGAGAUUAUUCAGCUGCUCAAUGCGUCCUUGUCGGUCCUUCAAGGCUACAGCCGCUCGACUCUGAGUAAGAAAGAGGAGGACGGGCUUCGUAUCUUUGCCGUCAACAUGUUUUCUAUCUCCACUGACGUGACGAGCGCUGAAGUCUAUAACAGCAUCCAGAUGUCUCUGAGCAACUGCAGCUCCUCCAUGGCGCACUGCCGUAUGGUCCUUCACCACCAGCUCACUUAUUCCGUGGAGAGUCUGUGUGUGGCUCAGAAGGCUCAGUGUGACACCGAGCGCUCCUCGUGCACCGACAGCGGAGGCACAGCGUCCUGCCAGUGUCUUCAAGGAUACUACAAACACAAUCCUGAGGACUUGUCCUGCCUCGAUUGUGGGGAUGGCUACAAGCUGGAAAACGGCACCUGUGUCCUUUGCACGUUUGGAUUUGGAGGCUUCAACUGUGGAAAUUUUUACAAGCUGAUUGCAGUUGUGGUAUCACCUGCAGGGGGCGCUAUGCUCCUGAUCCUCAUCAUCGCUCUCACUGUCACUUGCUGCAGGAAAGAUAAGAAUGACAUUAACAAGAUCAUCUUCAAGAGUGGAGAUCUGCAGAUGUCCCCUUACGCCGACUUCCCCAAAAAUAACCGCAUAUCCAUGGAGUGGGGCCGAGAGACGAUCGAGAUGCAAGAGAACGGCAGCACCAAGAACCUGCUGCAGAUGACUGACAUUUACUAUUCUCCUGCUUUGCGUAACUCGGACCUGGAGAGAAACGGCCUGUACCCGUUCACAGGUCUGCCGGGCUCUCGCCACUCCUGCAUCUACCCCGCCCAGUGGAACCCCUCCUUCACUAAUGAUGACUCACGAAGAAGAGACUACUUCUAACUGCCCCACCUGAAAGACACACACGCAAACUCACCGUCUCUCAUACUGUGAUGUGUCAUGAUGGUUUUCACAGUGAAGAUGCUCGUGUGUUAGCUUCACUUUAAAAAAAAAAAAAUAUUUGACCAUCUGCAUUCAGGGCUGCAAAUGAAUUAUGUAAAUGUGUGUGUUUGAGUGAGUGAGUGUGUGUGCUUGUGGUUGAGAAAUACACAAAUUUUGCAAGUAAAAGUAAGUUUGGGAUGAAUUCAGUGUUUUUGCAUGUUCUACCUCACUUACUUCAACUUGCAUGUACUUUACAUUACCGCUGUGGCGUUAAAGUUGGUGUCAUGUGUUUUCCCGUCCUCCAGGAAGCCACUGAUUCUCAUUUGUCAAGAAAAAAAAAUUUGCAGACCAAUGCAAAAUGCGUAAAUACACAAAUGAUAGUAAAAGAAGAAAUUUAACUUUGUUUAUCAACUGUGCACAAAAAUAUGUGUGUGAGGUAUCUGGAGAAACACAUUUAUAUUCUAUUCAAAACAGAAGUAUUAUAAACUAUAUGUGAUAUGUCCCAAAUAGACCAGAACAUGCAAAAAUAACACUGAUGAUGUAUGGUCCUUAAAGUGCUGAAAUAUGAAUAUGUGCGUGCCACUGCUGUCGUAUGGAAAUGAUCCGUUUCUUCAUAUUGAUGGAACAUGAUAAUAACAAACCACUGAAGGUUGUAAGUUAUUUUUUACACCAGCGUAACAUGAGGAACGACUUCCUGAUCUGAUAAUUAUGUUUAUUUAUUCCCUGUUUGUUGAUAUCCUGUAUAUGUAGCUGAUGAACAUCUCAUUCAUACACCUUGACUCGAGAGGAAAUAUGUUGUUUUAAAUGCAUGUGUGUGUGUGUGUGUGUGUUGUGUAUUUCCUUUAAGUAUUGAUGAUUGUGUGUCUGAAGAAUAAUGAACUGUAUACCAGAAUGUUUUUAAAUGUUUGAAUGUAAAGGUGAAUAAUAAUUAGAUAUUUCUGAUGAAGUGCUAUUUUUAUUCAUAUAUGUUUUUAUCAUCUGUUGACUCUGGCGUUUUAGUCAGACGUGCUUAUUUAAAUAAAAAAUAUAGCAGAGCA